UACUUUCUUCAAAGCAACCAUGGAAGCGUCUACAAUCACAGUGCAUUGGCAUAACGACAAUCAACCAAUCUAUGCCAUAGACUUCCAACCAGGCUCAACUCCAAGAUUAGUCACAGGUGGUGGUGAUAACAAUAUCCGAAUGUGGAAUCUAACCACCAAUUCUGGAUCAGGCGAAGUCAACAACCAGUCGGUGGAAUAUCUCAGUACACUUCGCAAACAUACCCAGGCAGUUAAUUUGGUUCGUUUUAGUCCUGACGGAACCUUGCUUGCUCUGGCAGGUGAUGAUGGAACCUUGAUGCUUUGGCGAUUGUGUGAUGGAAUUGUCAAGGACUUUGGUGCUGACGAAGAUGAAGACGACGACGAUAUUAAAGAAAGCUGGAAAGUAGUGGCCCAAUUUCGUCUGGGCACUUCUGAAAUUAUGGAUGUUUGUUGGAGUCCGUGCGGGAAAUAUUUAGUCAGUGGAUCCAUGGACAAUACUGUUAGAGUGUAUCAAUUGUCCAUAGGCAACGAUGCUGAUAAAGUCACGGGGAAGUUGAUCCAGUCCUUGAAACUGCAUAGUCAUUAUAUCCAAGGGGUUUACUGGGACCCCCUUGAUGAAUACAUUGUCAGUCAAUCAGCAGAUCGGUCUGUUAAUGUCUACAAAAUUAUUCGCAAACAUUCAGCCAUAACUGAUAUCAAAUUACUCCAUAAGUUUUCUAAAUAUAAUGGAGUCAAUCUCUAUCAUCCAGAAUCACUCCAAUCGUUCUUUAGGCGGUUGACUUUCAGUCCCGAUGGAAGCCUUCUUAUAACACCUGCAGGAAUUGAAGGCGAGUCCGAUAACAGUAACAAUGUGGUUUACGUAUAUACCAGAGCCAGUAUAGCACAUGCUCCGGUGUUGAAGAUUGCCGGGUUGUCAAAGCCUGCAAUAGCUGUUGCAUUCCAUCCUUAUAAGUUCCAAGGUGAGAGUAGAGCAGUUAAGUUGGAGUAUCACAUGGUGUUUGCGGUAGCUACCCAAGACAGUAUAGUGGUAUAUUCAACGGACGAAUUUAAACCGUUGGGAUACGUGUCUAACUUACAUUAUAGUACUAUUACUGAUUUGAGAUGGGAUGUACAAGGACUGAGAUUGGUUGUUUGUUCGACAGAUGGAUUCUGCUCGGUUAUCAAGUUUGAUCAAGGCAUAUUUGGUGAGAGAUACAUUGAGCCGAUACCGUUGACUCAGCCAGUACAGGGAGAUGCUUCAUUUGCAGACGCGCCCAAUGUUAUUAUAGAAGAUGUUCCAACACCAAAAACAGUCCCAAGCUCGCCUGCUCCUGAGGCUGCGACUGCGACUGCGACUGCACCGGCUCCUCUGGAACCCACCAUAGAUACAUUCUUCCCUAAGAAACAAAAAAAGAGGAUAACACCAACGCUUGUAUCAUAAUUAUACAUAUAUACAUAAAUGCACAUUCUAU